AUGGGGCCAGAACAGUUGAGCAAACGGCGGAAGGCUCCGGAGGGGGGCAGCGCUGCCGUUCAUGGGAAGCUGGAUCCUGAGCCUGCUGAUGCUCAUGAGGCACGUGGCAGGCUUUUGAAUCCAUUAUCCCCAUCUCCGAGUCCUCACUUCAAUGCAGCCCUGCAACAGUGCGUCUACCCGCACAUUCUCUCUUACAAUACGUUUGCGGAUUGCUACAUCGAGGAGAUGGUUAAAGACUUGCCCUUUAUUUAUAUCGACCCCCAUUUUGAUCCUGAUCGCCACGAAGCUAACCCGUACUACAAGCCAACCGACUACCUCAAAUUGGGAAUUGCGGAGGCAGUCCUAGGCGUCCCACAAAAGAUGGGCAUGGGGGACGUUCAGCUGAAAUCAAAUGACAACAACCAUUUGCUUCCGCGUCACUGCCGAGACUCUCAUAUCACUUACGGAGCCCCUCUUCAAGUCAGUUUCGCCUGUUGGCGAACGGGAGACGAUAGCAACGUGGCCAUGAAGAAGACGAUACUCGUAGGCCAGGUGCCAGUCAUGGUGAAAAGCAACCGGUGCAGCCUUUCAGGCAUGAGUCCAACGGAAAUGGUGAAGGCUGGAGAGGAUUUGGAUGAACUUGGCGGCUAUUUUAUUAUAAAUGGCAACGAACGUGUGCUCCGAUUCGUCAUCCAGCAGAAGACGAACUAUCCUAUAGCUCUAAAGAGAGAGAGCUUUAGGAACCGCGAGGUCUUCGCCACUGAUCUGGCUAUCCUUUUGAGGAGCCAGCGAGUGCACGAUGACAUUUGGCCGUGUGCUGAUCAAUUAGAGCAAAAACUCAAGCACCUUCUUCAUGUGAUUGUGGAGUUCAGAUUUGAUGGAACCUGCACUUCCAACAUCCUGCUGGACACUGACGAUGGACGGUGUUGUUAUCGCAUUCUGCUAAACAGGCAGGAGCACUUUUGUCCUUUCCUUUUACUGCUUCGCUGCGUUGGUGGCGGUCUCUCACUACAGCAGCUCAAGCUCAAGUUUAUGGAGGGGUCAUGGGACGACGUUGAAGAAGCAACGCAGCUGCAUGCUCUUUUUGAGGAGACAUGGGGAAACGAAAAAGAUUUUGUCGACACUGACAUUACCGAACAUCGACCAUUACACCAGCUAGGCCAAGUGUUUUGGAGGGGCGUGUCAUGGCUGCUCAAGCCUGGAAGCACCUAUGAAGAUGCAGGCCGAUUUGUUAUUAAUCGCUACGUGCUCGUACAUGCGAAGGAUUGGGCAAGCAAAUUCGAGACUCUCUUGCUAAUGUUCAGGAAGCUGCGGCAGUUGCGAGCCGGGAAAAUAGCGCCAGAGAGCAUGGAUGCCUUCUCGUACCAGGAGGUUGUCCUUCCUGGUCAGAUACUUGCGUCAGUGCUGAAAGAUGCGUUGUUUACGGCCCUGAUAAAGCUCCGCACGCAGUAUACAGUGGAGUUGCGGCAGGUAAAAGCAGCAGGCCAUGACACAAGUUUGGUAAUAUCGUCGAACCGAUUUUUCGACAUUGCCACUGACCGCUGUGCAUCGGAAAUAGGGCAUAAGAUAAGCUACUUUAUGGCCACUGGCAAUAUUCGCACGACGCAACUAGAUCUGCAGCAGGUUCGGAAGCUUUUGGGGGAGAGCUGGGGAUUUUUAUGCCCUGUCCAUACGCCGGAUGGUGCACCUUGCGGACUUUUGUUGCAUUUGGCACAGAUGGCUCAGCCAGUAGCGGUUCCACCUGACCGCGAGGCAGUAGCGGCGGUCCGGCUUUUUAUGAAAGCCCGCGGGAUGUGCGUGGAUCUCGAGGGCGUGUCAGGCUUGCCCCCCGCAGACCUGGGAGCUGCUGUGGGGGAAAGGGCUCUUGAUCAUGGAGGCAGUGGCUGCACAAAAUGUGUACCGCUGGUUGUCGACGGCAUUGUCGUUUGCAAGAUUCGCAAGAGCGAGUUCAAGUUUUGGCUGCAGCAGCUAUGGCAUGCGAAAGUCUGUGGCUUGGAGGGCUUCAAGACCCAUUGGGAGCUAGUUGGAUUCGAUGAGGAUAGGCAAGUGCAAAUCAUCUUGCAGUUUGAAGGCAUUUUCUUGUUCACAAUGCCUGGUCGGCUUGUUCGACCAGUUAAACAUUUGGCAAGCGGGCGUGUUGAAUUUAUCGGGCCUUUACAGCAACCCUGGAUGUCCAUCGCGUGUCGCGACAGAAAUGUGGCCCAGAACGAGCGCUCGUUCAAAGCCCACGUCCCUAUAAUAAGAGAACUCCUGCGGGAACACAGCGCACGCUCGUCAACAGCAGAGGAAUUAGAGGACGAAACAUAUCAAGAGCGGCUGGCGGACGCGUAUCAGUCGUUGCUUGAUGAGGAGCAUCGUGACAGGAAGCGAACUAACGACCCCAGAAAUAUCGGUGAUAUGCAAGAAGCUCGCGAGGCUCUUGUGACGAGCCAUGUGCCUCUGGCAUACGAUUACGUUGAGUUAAGCCCAACUGCAUUCCUCAGCGUUACGGCGUCCCUGACCCCAUUCAGCAACCACAAUCAAAGCCCCAGGCAUGAUAACAAAGCUUACCGUCUGAUAACUCCGCAGAAGCCUCUCUUACGGACUCGGGAUUACCGUCAUUUCGACUUCGAUGAUUACCCGACUGGCGUUAACGCAGUUGUUGCUGUCAUGUGCUACACUGGCUUUGAUAUGGAAGAUGCCAUGAUUCUUAACAAAUCGUCUGUUGAGAGGGGAUUAUUUCACGGCUGUGUCUACAAAACCAAAAUUAUUGAUGCUGCUCCAAGUGGUGCACGUGCGCAAGAGGCCGAGGAGUAUCAAUUCAGCAAUAUAAGCAACCUCGGUCAGAAAUGUGUGCCGUCGCUCGACGCUGACGGUUUUCCGGCGAUAGGUGCAAAGAUUACUCAGGGAAAGACUCUUUGCAGGGUGCAGAGGCACACGCAGGCGAGCGCAGCCCAAGUGCCAGCGCAAGCGACCCUCUACAAGGAUGACGAGCCAGCGUAUGUGGAUGGCAUUACCUUAUCGUCCGCUCCAGCACCUGCAGAGGAACGUUUUUUGAAGACAGGGCUUAAGGGGUGCAGAGCCUCUGUCCGCCUUCGGAGUGUACGCAAGCCUAUUAUUGGCGACAAAUUCGCCUCUAGACAUGGGCAGAAAGGCAUUCUGUCUAUGCUCUGGCCACAAGAGGACAUGCCCUUUUCCGAGUCUGGACUGGUCCCAGAUAUCUUGUUUAAUCCACACGGCUUCCCAAGUCGUAUGACAAUUGGAAUGCUUAUCGAGAGUAUGGCAGGCAAAGCUGCCGCAGUUCACGGAGCAUUUCAGGACGCAACCGCAUUUCGGGAAUUUAGGAAGCAGAAGAAAACUGGAAAUAGAUGGAUUGAUCAAGAAGGCCACCACGGCUACGUACUGCGCGGGGAGCGCUACCGCACUCCUGAAGAGGAAGCAAUUGCUGAGGCACAGGGCGACACCCCAGUGGAUUACUUUGGCAAGGCACUUUUGGCCUCAGGUUAUCAGUACUAUGGAAGGGAGGAACUUUAUAGCGGGGUCUAUGGAGUACCUCUCACAUGCCAUAUCUUCACAGGCCUGAUUUAUUACCAGCGCUUGAGGCACAUGGUAACGGACAAGGCGCAGGUGCGUGCGACGGGCCCAAUCGACGCCCUCACGCAUCAGCCAGUGAAAGGACGCAAGCGCCAUGGUGGUGUACGAUUUGGGGAGAUGGAACGUGACGCGCUUAUUGCUCACGGUGCUGCCGCUCUGCUCCAAGAUAGACUGUUACAUUGUUCAGACUCCCAUCGCGCAUUUUGUUGCCCUAGCUGCGGCAGCAUUCUUUCGCCUGCUCAAUCGGCUGAUUCCAAGGGACGUUCAGUAGGGGGGAAGAAGCCAGUUCCUCUUUGUCGCGUUUGCUUUGUUCCAUGCCGCCUUGUGCAGUUACCAUACAUAUUUCGCUACUUGUCAAAUGAGCUGGCCUCGAUGAAUGUGACCGUCCGCCUUGAGCUUGACCACAAGGGUUCUCGCGUAAUGGUCGAGCAACAUCCUGCAUUGAUGCAAGCAAGAGAGGAUGAAGCAGCUGAUACUUCUGUAACUGGGGAAAUGGGCACCCUAGAUUCUUCAGUGAGAAGGCAAGAGCCCCACCGGCCGCGCGGCAGUUCAACAUAA